CAGCUGUAGCAUAGUCUUGUGAAUCAAUGUUGUGACCGAGCUCUUGCAGAAGGGAUUAGGUCCUCAGUUUAAGAUAUUUUGACAAGAAGCUUCAAAGCUUUCGUUUCUUCUUCAUAAUGCGAAUUCAAAUGACCCUGUUGAUGUUGUGUGUCUUGUGGAGAAUUUACAAAGUGAAAGGUCACACUGUCCUGACCACUUCCACACCAACAUCAUCUGAUGGCGAGCUCUACACCAUGAUCUGCAGCAAAUCACCAAUGGACCGCAGAGAUGUAUCCUGGUUCCGCGAUGGCACCAGGGUCUUUGUAACACAAGGGACAUCCACUAUCUAUAACAUUGACUCUAGUGUCAAAAACAGCUACCGGUCAGGGCGUAUCAAUGUUCACUGUCAUGCCCUCCAACACAAUGUGACCAUCAGGAUCAACUCGUCUAUAGAUAACGGUACUACUUGGUGGUGCAAGGGCAUAACAACGAGCAACAUACUGAUGAUAAACAUUGAGGGGAAGCCAUUUGGUGCUACAACGACAAGGGCAACAGAUGUGUCGUCAUUUACAACUCCUGACACCAUAAGCACGAGCACAAAGUGUCCACCACGUGACAGCUCACGCGAGAUCAUAUACCUCGUGGCUGCAAGUGUGGGCGGCACUGUGGCAGGCAGCGUCGUGACUGUCGCCAUCCUCAUCACAUGCUUUAAACAUUGCAGGAAAGGAGGUGUCAACACAGCUAACACGUACGAUUCUAUAUCUGCACGUGAAGACAUGGAGCACCUGUAUUCUCCAGUGCAGGGUGGGGUUGAGGCACCAAACUACGCCAAUACUCCAGUUUCCAACGCCGUCAAUGAUGUGACAGUUGCAAUGGAUACUGGAGAUGAACAGUAUUACAGUUUUGUGGGGAUCACUGAUGCUGAAAGGAACCCUAUUCGCACCUGAAGCAUCGUUCAUAUGAGACCCGUGAAGAUCCGGGGCAGAAUAGGUCUUCAGCAAUCCAUGCUUGCCAUAAAUGGCGACUAUGCUUGUCGAAAUAGGCGACUAACGGGAUCGGGUGGUCAG